AUGAAAACUGUCACUACUCUUUUGUUUCUUGCCGCUGUGGCAAAGGCCUCUCCUGUGGCAAAGACCUCUUCACUCGUUCCCCGGACGGAUUGGGCCUUUGACGAUAAGGACAGACUCUGCGGAGAAUGGGACCUCACUACUCCAGAAGGUGUAGAUGAACUCUGGCAUUUGUCGGGGGCUGAAACAGAUCUUGAGCUGUUUAUCAAAGUUACCAACAAAGUCGAAGGCGAGGAAUCCUGGGUACAGAAGUUGGAGACCUGGGUUAUGCAGGGUACUGAUGGCAAGUCUGGCGCCCCCGGGUGCAGCCUUAUAGGGACCGAGUGUAACCCUAUGCGUGGCAUCAGCUGUAAGGAGCAGUUCGAUAAGUACGGCGAAACGCUGCUUAUCGGCAGGUCUUCCUACUGGAUGUUUCAGGCUGUAAAGGGCGUGCAUGCCAAGUUUGCUGAGCUGCAUCGCCAGCUGACCACUGAGACUCUCAUCAACGGCCUGAAGAUCGAUAAGAUGAUUGAAGACUUUAGCGGAGACGGCUAUACUCCCGGAAAUGUCAAGCCGUGGCUGUCAGCAGCUGCAACUAUGGGUAACGCACUGGGCGGUACUAUUCCCGGAAGUGGCAGUGUUGUUUCUGCCGGUAUGGGACUUUUUGCUGGUAUUAUGUCCGGUCUCUCUGUCAGUGACGGAGAUGAAGACCCCUCUGCCACCAUUAAAGACCGUCUCGCCGACUUGUUCAAAGAUGCCUCGAGGAAGCUUGAAGAUACACUUCGCAUUGUUACAGGUGGCGGCUCUGAAGACGAGUAUAACGCCCUCCCGGCCCCUAAGGACGACCAUUAUGAGUCUAAGAUCUCUAAGUUUUUCAACGGCGGCUGGUUCCUUCUCGACGAUAACACCAAAACCGUUACUGAAACUCUCAACUCUAUCACUAGCAAUAUCCAGAAAAAGGUCGCUAAUGAUGUCAUGAAGUCCGCCAAGCUCCAUCUCGUUGCAGAUAAGCUUACUGGUGCGUCUGACUCACGCGAGGCAUGUGGCUACAACACUGGUCGUCAAUGGCUGUCCCUUCGUGACGGAGAGGAAUACUGCUUCUACAUCAUGCUAAACAACCCUGAUCCCAACCGCGAGGGUGAAUGGACUGAGGUUGGGUCUGAUAUCUAUGAGAAGAUGGCUGACUUUGGCCUCGGUGAUCGCGAGCCUUACUAUAACGCUCUGAUCGACUGCGCUUUGAAUGGAGAUCCCGACAAGCUUGAGGUAAACACCCUCGACUAUGGAAAGUCUCCCACAUGCUUCUUUAACAUGCCUGUCGUUUUUGUUGAGAAAGAUGAUAGCGUCGGUUGUGGAGAUCUGUUUAGCAAGAGUGACUGCGACUACCGCAAGGGCACUCCUGUCUCAUAA